AUGAACAACGAGAUUUUAAUUAUUAUACUUUUAUGUGUCUACAAAAUAGAAUGCCAGCAAAUAGAGACAAAGAUUGAUGAAGAAUCCCAAGACGAAGAAGCAGAAGAACGCUUAGAAGCAGAAGAUCUUCAAAAAGCAGAAGAAGAUCAAGAAGCAGAAGAAUAUGAAAAUAGAGCAGAUGAUAAGGUCGAAGAACCAGAACAACUAAUCGAGGAAAAGGAAUCAAAUGAAAGCGAUGAAGAACAGGUCCAAGAUUAUAAAGAAUUGAUUAAAGAAAAAGAAAUGAAACAUAAGUUGGAAGACAAUGCACCGCUCGAAGAAAAUGAAGAAAACUUUCCGAAAGAAGAAAUGGAAAUAGAACAACAAAAGGAAAAAGAAGCUGGUGAUCCAGCAGACCUUUUUGGGACAAAUCAACAUUACAAUAUUCCUGCAAACUUUGACGAUUUUGGAAGACGUUUUAUCUGGGCUUAUCCUUAUAACGUGAAAAACCAACAUGGCACGGUCGACGCAGCUGAAUUAAAAUUGGACAGAGAUGUGGAGGAUUACCUGGAAGCUAAGAAAGAAUCUGCUAAACUCUUAACUCCUGUAAAGGCACCACCUGCAUUUGUUCUUUCAAUAGCAAAACAAUCAGCUCUUUUAGAAGGAACAAAACCUAAGAAUCCUAGUGAAGACAUCAUAACUAGGAAUAUCUUGAGAACCGGAGAUUUCUGGGACAGCGUAUGGAAAGAAGACGUUGAUGUCGACCGGAUAUUACGAACGUCAAACAAGAAGUCUGAUGAGCUGGAACGUGUGACGGUGAAGAUUGAUCCUGGAUCGAAAUUAUAUGAACUUAUAUCAAAGCUUAAGAAAAUAUCGCCAACAUUAAUUUAUGUUAUAAAUAAAAAUAAUAAUAAU